AUGAACUACAACAGCCUGAGCAUCGGCCCCGGGGGCCUGCCUGUCAUCAAGAUGUUUUACGCCAACGCCCCCGGCCACCAGCUGCUGCGGUUCAAGAAGGCCGGCCCCUUCCAAGCGGCGACGCUCCGGCCGUCGGGCCCGAACUCAACUGCCUUCGAUUCUGCGACGGUUGCGGGGGGCAGGAGAAUCAGGGUGCCGGGCAGAAACGAGUGGCUCCUGUUUUAUGAGGGGGCUGACAAGAACGUGAUGUCCAGCAUCGGGAUUGCGCGCUCGCCGGACGGCGUCACCUUUACUAAAGAGGACCGCUGCCGCGACGCGGGCGCGGCCGCGCCCGGAGGGCCGGUGCUUUCGCCGCGCAGACACCAGCCGCGCGCGUGGGACGCGUGGCAGACCGGGACGCCGUUCCCGCUGGUACUCCCCAAUGGGACGCUUUAUUUGUACUAUGUCGGCAUGAAUAACUUCACGCGCCUGGCUGCUACGCCCCAUGCGCCAGAGCCCGGUGCAUCGGGGCGCAACGGCAGCUCUAAGUCCAAGGGUGGCGGCGGCGAGGUGGGGGAGGGGGUGUACGGCGCGGAGCUGGGGCUUGCGGUGGCGGACCCCGAGCCGAGCGGCGCCUACUGCCGGUUCAGGCGCGUGGUGCUGUGA